AUGAGCCUUGUAAACCCAGCCCUUGAUCCUUUCUCUUUAGCUGAUCCCACCCAAAGGGCAGACUGUGGCCAUGAAUCUGGGGAUCAUCUAUGUAUCUCUGUGGACAGUUGGUGGGCUGACCUUAAUUAUUUCUCCACAAUACCCUUCCUUGCUGUGGUUGAUUCUGGCAUAAUGGGAAUAUCAUCAUACAAUGUCACCUUUCUGCCACCAUCCAAGGAUCAGAUGAAUUUUUGUUAUAAUGUUUCUAGCUGUUAUUCAUCCUUUCCAGAUACAAUGAAAAAAUGGAAUAAAUUUUACCAGCAGGUAAAGUCAUAUUCUAGUAACUUUGAUGACCUCUUGAAGUACUUAUGGGUUACACAUGUCUCAUCCUUGAAAGUUGCUCAUCAAAAAUUUCACAAUAGAUAAGAAUGGAUCUAAAAAGCAGAGUUUGAAAGCAGCAGGGCUUUGUUUGUGGAUUAUUUAGCUCCACCCCUCUUCCCUUCAGCUUUGAUUAGAACAUAUUGUCUCCAGAAGGGCCUGCCAACACAAAUGCUUGUUAGUGGGGAUAAAGCCCCCUUCAUCAGUGACUCUACAGGCUUUCAGAACACAGUCCUGCUUGGUCUAAAUUUUCUCCACAAAGUGUAUAAGUAUACAGCCGACAUUGAGCACUUAAAUUUUAAAAGGUUCAUCAGUGAUGUCUUGCUAAGAAAGAGAUAUUUCAGCAAAGAUGUGAAGGAGGAGAGGGAAGGAGCCUUGAGGAUAUCUGGAGUAAGACUACUCCAGGCAAAGAGGAAGAGCAACCACAAAGUUUGA